AUGACCCGUUCACGCCCAGCCGCCAAUGCGACGGCCUCAUCGGAUAUAUCACGGCGAACAAAUCUUGCCCGUCGCACACGACCCAAAAACUUCUACGUCGGUGAUUCGGAUGGAUCCGACGAACCAGAGGAAGAUUCCGAAGAUACCGAUCCAGUCGACGAUGGUGAUGACCAAGGUGUAUUCCAAGCCGAGUCGUCGCAGACGACGAAAGGCUCUCCACGCAAACGCACUACCAGGUCCCAGCCAGUGUCCAAGCCUUCCACCGCCAAGAGCUUGCUUGGUGCGAAGAAACAUAGUCGUCAAGAAUCAAGAACAACACCCGCAAAAAUUAAACGACCACGCACGCAACCCGAUAGCGCAUUCCGGAGACCAGAGCCCAAGGCGAUACUAAAUCCUGCUAAGCCCGCCGUGGCACCAGACUGGCUCAGCCCUGCAAUACCAUAUUCGGCCUGGGUCGACAUAUUCUAUUAUGCAGCCGUGUCUGGUGGGAUUCUAGACAAUGGCUGGCUUCUCCGCGCUGCCACGAUAUGUAGGGCGUUUUCUGAACCUGCUCUUACCACUCUGUACAAAAGCCCAUCUCCUCGGACUACCAUCAAGGCCAAGAAGCUUGCCGGGCUCCUGGAGCGUCCUGUUUCGGAGACUCUUUUCAACUAUCCCGUCAAGGUCGAGUCACUCUACGUAGACAUCGAAAAGUUUCCCCUGGGACUCCUAGCCCAGGUUGUCCACCCGCUGCGACGGUUGAAAGAACUGGUCAUCUACACGCCCCUCGAUCAACCACCCUAUCGUGAUCUUGACAAAACGAUACGUUGGCACUAUCCACAAGGUUUGUUCAAUGCUCUCGGUCCUCUAGAGUCCGAGGAUGAGAGCACACUACCUAUCAUGCUCAAGAGCUGGGAAUGGAGCAGUCGUCUUCUUGGUGGCACCAUAUCCGACAUGGACGGCAUCACCAGGAUCCACCAGCUGCCAUCAUUUUCUCGUCUGGCAAAGCUCAGCUUCACCAACUUUCAAGUUCCGUCCCUUAAUAAGACCGAUGUCAAGCCUGGCGAUGAAAUUGGCGAGAUGCAACUGUGGGAAGAGGAUGGUGAGGCGAUCAAUGCCGUCGCCAAUGCCAUCACUCACGUUCCAGAGCUGAAACAUCUCACAUUCGAGUCGUCAACAAUAAUGAAUGACCGCUUGCUUCCGUCUCUGCCCAGGAACCUGAGGCGCCUCGAUCUCAUAAACUGCUGGGAAGUCAAGUCGGACGAUCUCUCGCAGUUUCUGCGCACGCACGGCGGCAACAUGCGAUCCCUGGUCCUUUUGCAUAACCAGAGUCUAGAUUUGGGAUUCCUGACUGAUCUGGCCGAGACAGCACCCAAUCUGGCAGAGCUGCAGAUAAACAUGUCGUACUAUCGACAUCACGAAUCAGUCGACGAUUCGGAUCCCAUGUACGAUCAGGCACUGCUACCGACGCAGGUGCCUCUGUGGCCCGAGAGUCUGCGCCAGCUCGAGGUGGAGAAUGUGCGACAGUGGUCCGUCGAGGCAGCCGAGGUGUUUCUCCAGUCUCUUGUCGACAGCGCGCCCAACCUGCCCAACUUGCGGCAUCUGAGUAUCAAGACGAUGCUCAACAUCCCCUGGCAGAGGCGCGCCGAGCUUCGACAUGUAUGGACCGAGAGGCUCGAGCGUGUGUUUCUGCGUGUAAGUGAUCCUCCCCUACCACGCACCUCGCUCCGAUCCGGCACGGUCGAGGGCGAGGACACAAAUGCGAUGAGCACUCUCAUGAAGCGCCGCAAAGAACCGGGCACGCCGUCUCGUCGCAGCGACAGGAUCGCUGCCACCAAAUCCGACGAUGACAAGGCACCACGAUCUCUACGUGGGAAACGUAGCAGUAGACCACAUUACCGUGAACCCGACACAGAUGAAGAGCAGGAAGACGAAGAUGAAGAAUCGUCUGCUGAGUCUGCUUCUGCCACUGCUGAGAAGGAGAAAGAAAUGUUUCCCAUUCAAGGAUUAUGCAAAACCGUGGUGACGAAAUUUGACAAUCAAAAAGUGCGAGAGCUUCAGUACGGAAUGGAGGAUUUCAAUGACGAUGAUGAUGAGUCGUCUGGCGAUGAGUGGGAUGGUGAUGAUGACGAAACUGACGAAGCAAUCUUGUAUUGGAGAUGA